AUGGCGGCGUUACUACCGGAAGAUAUGGGCACGACUGUGGAUGUGUCGAUUAUCCAUGCGGGACGAACGACCGUACCGACAGCCUACGUGGUCGACAAGCCCAUUUCAGGGCAUGAUGUGCUUGACAUGCCUUGCUAUAGCUUCCUAAUCGAGAACAGGAGGCUGAAUAAGAGGGUCCUCUUUGACCUUGGGAUCAGAAAAGAUUGGAAGGAGAAGCUGCCACCGCCCAUCCUUCACCAAAUUGAGUCUGCGAAGGCACUCGUGGAGAUUGGCCAAGACGUCGCCGAUCAACUUCGCAACGAGAAUGUCCCCCUGGAAUCCAUCAACGCUAUUAUCUGGUCACACCACCAUAUGGACCAUACAGGAGAUCCAUCUCUUUUCCCCUCCUCCACGGAGCUAAUCGUUGGACCCGGCUUCAAGCGCAAUAAAGCGACGUUCCCGGGUUAUCCUACCAACGAGGUUGCUCUGGUGACUGACGACGCUUUCUCGGGUCGUAGCUUGGUCGAGCUGGAUUUCAGUGACGCAAUGACAAUUGGUGGCUUUUUGGCCAUCGACUUCUUCCACGAUGGAAGCCUGUACCUGCUCAAAUCAAGCGGACAUACGCACAACCACAUUAGUGCUCUGGCUCGGACGUCGAAGGACCGCUUCAUCUUCCUCGGGGGCGAUAUUGCUCAUCACCCGGGGGAGUACCGUCCAACUAAACACCUCCCGCUUCCGACUGAGAUCAGGCCCUCGCCACUCGGCGACAAUAUCUCCUCCACCUCUGUAUGUCCCGGGUCCAUUUUCGAAGCAGUUUCUUCUGCAAAGGUGCGAGGAUUGGAUGCCAGGGUCACUCCCUUCUACCAGUUGAACGCCGCAAUGAACGAGGAUCUGGGAGAUGCUCAGAUCGCUCUUGAAAAGCUGCUACAGUUCGAUGGCUCAUCCAAGGUUAUGGUUGUCAUUGCCCAUGAUGCAAGUCUUCUGGAGGUCCUUCCUUUCUUCCCAAGGAGCAUUACCGAGUGGGACGCCAAGGGAUACAAGGCAGAGGGGACUUGGAGAUUCUUGAAGGAUUUUGCUGGGGCUAUUGAACGGAACAACGGAUGA